UAGAAGGUUGAGAACCACUGAUAUAAAGAUAUCAAUAACUGUGUGUAUGUUGAUUUUACAGAUGCUGAACGCGGCCUUUCUAUGGUAGAAGAACAUAAAUGGUCUCUACUGGAGAAACUAAAGAAAUAUCUGAGCAGCACAGAGAAGGUUGGACCUCUGACUAUUUACAGGAUGAAAAUGGAGGAUUUGAAGCUGCAGAACAAAGUGAUCAUGAUGGUCGGUGAAACCGGAUCUGGUAAAACAACCCUGAUUAACACUAUGGUCAACUACAUCUUUGGUGUGGAGUGGAAGGAUGAGCACCGGAUCCAAAUAAUUGAGGAGAGUAGUGGGAAGUGUCAAGCCCACAGCCAAACAUCGAGUGUCACCAUCUACCAGAUCAAUCAUGAGGAUCACUUCCGAAUCCCGUACUCCAUAACCAUCAUUGACACUCCGGGGUUCGGAGACACCAGAGGGAUAGAUCAUGAUGAGAAAAUCAUGAAGAAGAUACGAGAAUUUUUUACUAAAUGCAAAUUCACAGAAAUUGAUGGAAUUUGUUUCGUGGUUCAGUCAUCUGUGGCUCGGUUAACUCCAACCCAGGUGUACAUCUAUGACAAAGUUUUGUCUAUUUUUGGUAAUGACAUCAAAGAUAAUAUAGUCGUCUUCACAACCUUCUCUGAUUUCCAGGAACCGAAUGUUCUCUCAGCAAUUAUGGAGGCUGAUGUUCCCUGCGCAAAAUCUAAAGAUGGAAAACCUGUGUAUUUUAUGGUCAAUAACAGCAUGCUGUACGCUAAUAACCGCCCUGGUGAAGUUGGCAAACGUGCCUGCAAGGCUCAGGAGAUGCAGUGGGAAGUGGGAAUGGAAAGCAUUGGGGAGUUUUUUUUACAAUAUUUGCCUGAAUUAGCCAGUAAAGAUUUAACUUUAACAAAGGAAGUUCUAGCCAAAAGAAAUGCUUUGGAUGAACUUGUACAAAAAAUUCGGGGGGUGACCGGGAAACAGCAUGAGCUGGAGCAAAUCCAGAGAGCUCUGAUUGAAAACAAGGAGGAGGUUGAAAAUCACGGGAAUUUUGAGUCUAACGUGACGGAAACUGUAAUAAGAAAGGUAGACUCGUCCGAAUACUCACUCAACUGCCGGCAGUGCAACUCCACAUGUCACCGAGACUGCACCGCGGAGGAUGACUUCCCGGUUUAUUUAUGUGAAGUUUUUGAUUGGUUGGGAAUUUGUGGUGUGUGUAAACAUGGCUUCAACAAACACUUUUUAGAAAAGUCUUACUGGAAAACUUUUGUUGAAACCAGGAAGAAAACGUAUUUGGAAAUGAAAGAAAAAUAUGAAAAAGCGAUGAAGAAGGUGAUGACUCUGGAAGAUGUUCUCUCAGAGAUAAAGGAAGACAUGAAGAAAACAAAGGACGAGUUACUGGAACUUACUCAGGAGAUUGCCGAGAUCCUCAGACUUCUCCAGGAGAUCGCCCUAAAUCCAAACCCGGUGUCUACUGUGGAUUACAUGAAGCUGCUCAUCGAAAAAGAGAAGCGGGAAGGAGAGGCUGGAUUCCUUGAGAGAAUUUGUAUAAUGGAAGAAAACAUUAAAAAAUGUGAACUUAUCGUCUUCGGUACGAGUACAGUUGUGCUUCAGCCUACAGAACUGGCUCUUGGGGAUAUUGUUGACCCAACUCGGAUGAUGGAAACUGUGGUAAUGCAAGUAAGAAUUACCCGCUGUGGGCUUGACAUGAUUUUGAGAGUAGAUGACAUUAUCAAGAACAAUUAG